AUGUCCUUCAGGUUCGGGGCUGACGACCUUUCGGAUUACUAUUACACGUACCAAGUCAGCAAGCAGCGAGCCAUCAGGAGCAGUUUCCGUUGUGCUUUUGCGCCGGCCGAGCUGGCCCACCUCUCGGCGGCACAGGGUUUGAACAUGGAGGGCCCACAGGUGUUAUCUCUUAACACCAUGGCAAUGGGCGACAGCAUAGCCGUGGAGGUGGGCCAGUGUGCUCACUUCCAGGUGUUGCGGCAGCAUGUGGGCUCUUUACUGCCUAGGGAAACCUUAUUGUAUCGUCAUGUGGUUCCUAGUAGCAGUACGGUCGAACUUUUGUCGAUUGAUGAUCACGUUUGCCUGCAAAAGCUGCCCACUGCCGACUUGUCGAGCGAGCCUGAGCUCCUUGACACUGCCAUCUUUCAAGCUUCUUCGGUUGCCUAUAAGCACACGGGUUUAGUUCUGAACGACAGCAAGAAGCGCAGAAACCUCACCCACGGAACGAUUCUAGGAGCCGAGCUUGAUGGCAUCAGAGGGUGUGUUGGUCCUCCUCGUGACCGGCUGUUGAGCCUUGCUUUGCUCAGUGCGGUCCUUGCAAAAAGAGGCUUUGGCACUCGCGACCUGUUGGACAGAAUAGUCGGCUGCUGGGUCCAUGCGCUUAUGUUUCGCAGGCCUGUGUUUGCUGUUGUCGAUCAGCUUUUCCACGAAGGGCUAAAGAGGGCUCGCAACGAGGUGUUUCGGCUUUCGGGGAUGGCUCGGAACGAACUGCAGAUGCUCGCUUGUUUGGCCUCAACUCUGUUGUGCGACUUGCGUGCAACCUUUGACCCUGACCUUUAUUGUCUUGAUGCCUCUCCCUACGCCGGUGCCGUCUGUGCCUCGACUCUCGGUUCAAAGGCUACGGCAGAGCUGUGGAGGCACGGGGAGCUUCGGGGUUACCACACUAGGUUAGAGUCUUCGGUUUCCGCUUUGCUCACGGAGAAGGGUUUAGACCAUGAAGGGGACAAGUUGUUUGGUGAGAGCGCUGGGCCACCGCCUGAAUUCCAGCACCAGCCGCGGUGGGAUCCCUUUGUGCCCAGGCCUCUUAGCGAAGGUCUUUUGUACGAUGCAGUGGUCGUUAGCAAUUCUGGCAAGUCCUGGGGUGACGCUUUAGUUGAGGCUGGCCUUAGGGUUUUGUUCCCUUUUGACAGUGUUGCCGGCGAAAGCCCGCUCGGUUGCCAUGUGUCCAAGACUUUUGCUCGGGAGCUGCUGAGCCUCGCUGCCCGGCGUGUUGUGCGAGAGUGGCACUGCGCCUGCUCGUGGCCUGCUCUGAGCCGCCUGCGUGGGACCACUGUUGGUGCCGACGCCGAGGCUGCCCUUACGUCGCUGCGGCGCUUGCGCCUCGUCCUAACUUUGGCCAUCCGCUGCGAACAAUUUGUCUCCAUGGAACAAGCCCGGGGUUCCCUGGGUCUGACUGGGCCCGCUCUCUGCACGCUGUGCUCACUCGGCUGUGUGAUCACUUCGACCUGUCACUGUGGCUUUGGCAGCCCUUACCUGCGGCACACAGUGUUGGUGCACAAUAAGCCCUGGCUUUGCUCCCUGGCUCGCUCUUGCAGCUGCACCGCGAAGGCACACUGGCCUUGCAAUGGUCACUUCGAGCCUGGCGACAUUGAGACUUUUGCGGCCCGCUGCCAGCCCUCACUUGAGCAGGUCUACGCUCGGCCGCCGCUGCUUGGUGAGUCUUUUGGGAGUUUCUCGCUUCAGCUGCCCGUGCCUGGCUACUCGAGUCGGCUCGUGUGCACACGGCGGCCCGCCUUGGCAUUGAUGUUGGCCUCGGGCUCCUCGAGUCAAGCCGUGCUGAGCCCUGCUUUCCUGAUCGGCAGUGGCACGAGGACCCUGAAUGGAUCUCAGAAAUUUGGUUGCCUUGGAUACGUUUUGGGGUCGGGGAUCUACACGAGCCUUCUCCACGUGUAUUCGGGUGACAACGUUGCUGACAAUCCCUCGCGAGGCAAGGACGUGUCCCCGCCGACCAUUGAGGAGCCAAGAUGGCUGCAGCGACUGCGCGAAGGGCAGACCGCUGACUUUGAGUCGGUGACGCUGGCGGGGAGGGUGGCGCGCAAUCCUGCGCGGUGGUUGCGCUUCCUUUUGCUGUUGGCCGGGGACAUUGAGAGGAAUCCUGGUCCUCGCCGCGUGGCCCCUGUUCCACGUGGUCCGUUGAACCUCGAGGCUGGAUUUGCUCACAGCACGGCCCACAAGAUGACCAAGAGUUUCGCUGCCUUUAAGGUCUGGCUUCGUACAAAAGCUGGCUGCUCUCCUGACUCAGUGCUUGCGGACACUGAGCUUACUGCUCUGGCGCUCCGAGGCUACGGCCUCCACCUGUACGAGACUGGGCUGCCGAGGUACCUCUUUGUUUAUGCAAUCACUGCUGUUCAGGAUGCUUUUCCGCAGCACCGGAAUUUCUUGACACCGGCUUGGCAGAUCGACAAGAAGUGGCAGCGUGCUGAGCCUGGUGAGUGCCGUCCUGUGCUGCCUGUCGCGGCGGUUCGUGCCGCUUUGAGCAUUGGCAUGCUCUGGAACUGGCACCUUUGGACGUGCCUGGUUAUCAUUGGUUUUCUGGCGAUGCUCCAUCCUGGAGAACUCUUGAACUUGACUCGCCGCGACUUGGUUUUCCCCGAGGACACGUUUGGCCACACGAGUUCGUUGUUCGUGCACUUGAGAAGCCCUAAGACCAGCAGGUUUGCUCGCAGGCAACACGGCCGCAUAGACGAUGCGGCUGCGAUCGCCUAUCUGUAUUCAGUGCUGCGCCAGCUGAGUCCAGAUGAUCGCAUUUACCCUGCUUCGAUGCAUUGCUUCCGCCGACAAUGGGACGCAGUGCUGAGCAGACUGGGGUUGCCAGUGAGGGCUGCUGAUCGUGGCGCUACGCCCGGAGUCCUUCGGGGCUCGGGCGCAACUUUCUUCUACAUUUGCACAGAAAACAUUCCGCCGCUGGCCUGGCGCGGCCGUUGGGCCCGUGUCAAAACCCUGGAGUAUUAUUUGCAAGAAGUCGCUGCUCAGGUUUUGCUAUCAGAACUGGAUGCCACCAGCCGGGCGCGCAUCAAGCUUCUGGACAAGGCUGCUGACAGCCUGCUGUUUUACUUCAUGGGUGCUACGCCACUGAUCGUUGAGAAACUCCGUCAGGCCUCGCUUCAAAGGCUGCCUUCGGCAGCGCAGAUCGGGCCACUGAUCGUUGAGAAACUCCGUCAGGCCUCGCUUCAAAGGCUGCCUUCGGCAGCGCAGAUCGGGUACUUCAGGGAAUGGCGAAAGUCACAGCUGAAUGUUCUCAAGCAGGAGGCAAAGAGGUUCCAGACCCAGCUGGAAGGGCAGACCUCUCACCUUCUGGAAUACGAGACGUACUUGAAGGUCCGAGGUUUAAGGUUUCUUUUGAUGUCUGAGCGCAUCUUUCUGCUGGCAGUCUGGUGGCCAGAUGUUCUGGCAAAGCUGCAGUGGGAGUUCCAAGCGGACUCUGGCAUCCAACCGGGGCGGCAGAAGGCGGCGGCAAACGGCUCUUGCGGAAGCAUCGUACUGGCUUCGAAGAAGUUCAGGGGAUGUUCUAAGCUCGACCAGUUCAACGUGGAACAGAAUCUGGAGUGCAUGAUCGCCGCCGACGAGUACUACUCAAAGCAGCGCCUGGAGCCUCCGGGGUCGCGGGCGAGCUGGAAUGCUCGUGACCAGCACAUGAUGACGACCAUUCUUCGACUGCGGGCGCAUUCGCGCGAGCUCUUCGGGGUCGAUGAGAAGGACUUGAAAAUCAUCGUCUGGGCGCACAACUCUCAUGUGGGUGAUGCAACCGCCACCCCGAUGGGCGGAAUGAACUUUGAGAGAAACGAGAAGUGGAACCUUGGCCAGAUGUGCCGAAGCACACUGGAGUCGGUGUUCAUCGUGGGCUUCUACUCCUUCUGUGGGGAGGUGAGGGCCGCCAAGAGAUGGGGGGGCGAAGGCCAGGUCAUGCCACUGACCCCUGCAGUGCCUUAUUCCUUCGAGCAUCGUCUUCACGAAUGGUUCCCACAUCAGCGGGCCCAGUUUCCUCUCCACAAAGUUCGGGAGGCUUCCAAGAGAUUUGAGUACGUCCCACAGAAGUUUCCAUUGAACGUGGAGUACCGGGCGCUCCACCCGAUGGUCAGGGUGAGCAAGGAGGUGAUGCCACAGAACCCGUCAGUCGAAGCCGAGGAGGUAGGUGGUGAUGGCUCUCUGAAGCAUAAGCAUCCCACGCUGGAUCCGACGAAGCCUUUCACUGCUGUGAGUCGCACCCAAGUUGGAAAGCAAGGGGAAGUGGUGCGCCUGCAGAUUCGCGGCUACGAUCGGGGGCAGUAUGAUGGAUGGUGGGUGACGGAGUACACCCGUCACGGGUCGAGGACGAUCCAUUGCUUACCCUCUAGUCACUUGAACGCCCUUUCGGGCCCCCUUCCAACGCCGGAGAAGGCAAGGGCGCUCGCCAACUUUCCGAUUCUCCAGCGAUGGGUCGGCGUGCAGUAUCACCCCGAGACGGAGAUCGAGUCCCACUACGGUGAGAUGGCCAUCGCCAGGUGCUAUGACCUUGCCGUGUUUGUGGACAAGACUCGGGCCCUGGAUAUCGACAUGACUGCAUCGACUCCUCUUCCUGUUUCUGCCGCCUUAAAUGAGGGCGAGAAGCAAGCCCCCACUGAGUCCGCUGGAGCUGGCAAUCGCCACAACCGGAGACUCUUGAUGGAGUACCGGCGGAUUCUCAAAAAUCCCAUCGAGUACAUCGAAGCGCGUCCGUUGGACACAAACAUCUUAGAAUGGCAUUUCGUGAUCACUGGAAACCAGGAUCCGUACACAGGUGGCAAAUACCACGGCAUCCUGGAGUUUCCGGAUGAUUUUCCCAUGAAGCCUCCGUCGAUAAAGAUGUUGACCCCAAGUGGCCGCUUCGAGAUUAACAAGCGCAUCUGCUUGUCAAUGAGCGACUUCCACAAGGAGUCUUGGAACCCCAGCUGGACGGUAGAGAAGAUACUCAUUGGCUUAAUGAGCUUCAUGUACGAGGAGAACUCCGUCUCCAUCGGUUCUAUAUUGGAGCCUAGAGAGGAUCGGCGGAGGUAUGCUGCAGCAUCAGCUUACUUCAACGCGCAGAAUGAGAUUUAUGUGCAGCUGUUCCAAACGCCUGACGAAGCAGAGGAGGAGGACAACAUCCGGAAGCUGCGCCGCGUUGCCGAGGGUGAGGUCUCAGAAGCUGAUAAGGCAUGCCGCUACUGCCUGGUGGAAUCUGGCGAGUUAGUGGCCCCAUGCGAAUGCAAGGGCAGCGGCCAAUGGGUGCACCUCAGCUGCUUGCGGCAGUGGCAGAAGUCAGUGCUUCUGACGCAGUCCACGCAUCCGAAGUACCAGACCCGCAUCGACGAAAUCUGCAACGUCUGCGAGCGGCCCUUCAAGGAAGCCUACAAGCCCAGGAGUCGGCGAGAGGCGCUUCUGGAGUACACGGGGGAGGAGCUUCCCCAGCUCAUCCAGAAAGGAAACCUUUUGGCGAGCUCCCGGCCCAAAUCCGAGAAGAACGGAGAGCUGAUGCGCCAGCAACCUGGAGCCUUCGCCGCGAGGCUCGGGCACUUCACCGAAGCAGUGUACCUGAUCGCUUUGUGCGAGCCCUACAACCCCAACAAGAAAGGGGGAGGAGCUGUUCUGGGAGUCAACCUGGUGCAAAAAGUUCCAAGUCCUCUGGAGCGCACCACUCGGCCUGUUCUACAGCAAGGCCCCGAUGUCGAGGUCACGACCUACCCGCUGAGGGAAUGGCAAUCGAGCUACGCUCCCUUGGUCCAGGUCCUACAGGCCGCCAGGGUGCUGGCCCCCCGGUCAGUGGAGCAUUUUCUUGGUGGGCCGGUGGAGCCUUCGGAGGCCUUUGCUUUGGUGGAGAUACCCACGGAAGUGCUCGAUGCAGCAAAGCGCGCGUCAAGCAACUUCGCUGUUGACCCUGGGAUGCGGCGACAGCUGGCGAGCUGCUUCGAGCUUUUGUCUCCUCAGCGAAUUGCGCAGCUCUCACGGCUCAGGGUCAAAGGCAGCAUUUAUUUCGGAGAACUUGGAGUGAUCUUGGGACUGUUGGCCAGCAUCUUUGUCCAAGUCGGCGCCGGCGAUGGCUACUUGCUGGGCGAUGCUCCUCUCAAGGUCUUCUGGGGCUACGCCUCCUGGAACGCGACGCAGCUGCUCGGAGAGAUUGCCCGCCGCGGCUGGGGCCUCGUGGUCACCGAUGCCAACAUGUCGUUCGGAACCUGGGAGCAGACUGUGGCUUCGUGGAAAGUCGUGGUGGACAAGAGCAUCGUUGCCCGUGAGAGCGAAUACUCUAAUUAG